GAGAUGUUUUCCUUCGUCCGGCAUUUACUUCCGGGGCCGGAACGAAUCGAACUAUUCCCUAAUGGGUGUAUGAAAAACGAAGCUGAAGUUGAGCACGUCCCAGAAGAGUGAAGGAAAAAAAGGGGGGUGUAAUUUUCCUACUCUUUUCCAAGGGUAGGGUAGUCUUCAAACGCUUGUCCAGUCGCAUGCCGAUGUCGCUGUCUUUUGCAAGCCAAAGAACAACGCUUGACGGACGGUCCAGCACGAACAACACGGACGUUUGAUGCAAUUUUUACGCUUGAUCUUGCCCAGCCGGUGCUCUGGGAAGUAUAGUGGAACGUGUAUCGGAAGUGGACAUCCUAGAAAACCUAGAAAGAGCAACAAAAAAGAAAAAAAAACUCAGAAAGUCAAGCCCCACAUUCCGUUUGAUCUUUUGUUUGGAUGGCCGGUGGCGGGCCAACUCUUCGUUUGCCGCAUUUUCUUCAUGACAGACACACUGUAAGCUGAGUGAGAAAAUGGAAAAAACAGAAAAUCAGAAAGAGAGAGAGAGAGAAAAAAUGUACGCCCCAGAGAAGACGGACGGCACUACUCGACGAUGAAGAGAAAUGUAAACAACGGUGCGAGCAAUCAACAGUUUUCCGUUCCCGAAUCGUUGGCAGAUGUUGUAGGUAGUGCACGCCCGUUGCUGGUUUCGUUGUCGUCGCCGUUGUCGCCGUCGUAGUUAGCCUUGGAAAACAUGUGCUUUUCCCGAGAACCAUGCCCGAACGCACGGUGAGAGUGAAUGUGAGUGAGAGAGAUUUUGUCAAGCGAAAGUAAAACGGUUGUUCUAAGUGUGAUAGAGAGGCAGAAGAAAAAAGUUGUGGAUUGGACAUGAGAAAUUUGAUCCUUUUGUUUGUAUAAUUAUUAAAAAAAAGAUUAUACUCAGUACUUGUAAAAUCAGAUAAUUUUCGAAUUUCAGCUCAUUUCAUAGGAAAAAAACAUUUGAAAAUAUUUAUUAUAGUUUGCAAAAAUCUUUACGAUAUUGAAGCAGAAAAUAUAUUUUUUAUCUUUUUUAUAGAAUAAUUCAAUAGUAACAUUAUUUACGUGAGCUUUCGUCCGUUAUAUUCCAUAGUGAGACGCGCCUUCUCAACUGCAGAGAGUGAGAGAGCAUCGUGCUGGAGAAAGCAGGACAACUGGCACCACCUCGACUUCUCAAACAGGGAUGCUGCCGGCACACGAUCGGCACGAUCUGGCACCAUGGCACCAGGAGCCGAAGAAAAGCGCGCAUCCUUCGCGUCAGUCGGUGCCGUGGCUUUCCUCCGAACGGUUGUGGCUGUAUCCGUAUCGCUGCUCUCGGACUCGGAGAAAUAGGCUUUAAACAGGCGUACUCGUAUCUUGGCCGUGUGAAAUCCUUUUUUCAAUUUUCUCAACAAAAAAAAAAAGGAGAAACAAGAAACAGUACAUUAAAUUUGUGACAAACCAAAAACUUUCAAUCCCCAAAGGUGUUGGUGAGUUUAGAAAAGUAAAAACGGGUUCAACCAAAGGCCAAACAGCACUUUAUUUAUCGUCCCAGCGGCUGAAGCCAUGUGGGAAAUUAAGCAAAAGGAUAAUGAUUAAAAAAUAGCUUCCGCAUUCUUAACCCGUUCAACCGUUGUCACUGAAAAGAAUUUGCCCAUUCUCGUGUGUGUUGUGCUUUUGAAAUUGGAAGGUCCGAAUGGUAGAAGAAGAAGUUGGCUUCCCAUAAAGCUCUUUCAUUUUUUAAGCCACCCGGUAACGAAGUAAAUCAAAAUUUAGCCAAUCGUGAAAUUUACUCCCUUUUCCUUGUACUGCUUACAAUCUGACCCAUCUGAAACUCCCGAGGGGUGUGCGUCGCGUGUGUGUGUUUAUAAGUGUUUUCUGAUGGAUACGUGUUUGAAAGCGGUUCUGUUCUAGCUGGCCUCAGCAACCAAACAAAAAAAAAAGAGGAUAAAACGAAUGUAAAACCCCCAUUCUUGGUUGCUGAAAGGAGGCCUGCAGAGUGGCGUAAAAAGUUGAAAGUAAUCCGAAUCGCUUCAUUUUCGUCCUACCGCAUAAAAGGGGCCGCCGACUCCAAGCUGCGUUUUUUGUUGCUGUUGCUGUUGUACGGUUAUUUGAAGUGUGAGCUGCGUAGAGUUACAGGAUGGCGCAGGUGUGCAAGGCGGGCCGGAUGCUGUGCGUUUGACAUGCGGUGAGCGAGGAUCGGAAUCGCGUUCAACCGUGCGUUUUGGUGCGUGCCCGGUGAAAGUUAAAGCACCGGUGGCGAAUAGGCGAAAAUAAAUACCCAUACGAAAAAAGGGUAUAAUUUACACAAGUGACACAACGACACGAGCGAGCGAGAGAGAAACGGCAACAAAACAGAAAAUAGAUUGCCAGUUUUAUUGACUUCGACGGACCGGGUGAUUGGUUUUCUAGGCAAGAGGGUUGGGUGGUAGGAAAGUGAACGGGGGAAGUGCAUUGAAGCGGAACGGGACGGAGAAAAUGCGUGACCAACAACGAGGCGCAGUGUAAAUGGUGAUCGACGUGCCUACGACACCCUACGGACGCUGUUGACGGUGUCCAGCAUUACUUCGGUUGCGGCCGUCUAUCAUGAUGCUGAAGCGUGACCAGCGUUGAGCCGAGCGACGAGCGAACGAGAGCAAGAACCUUGAAGAAUGGUGCGGAAAAAUGCGUCCCACUCACAGCGGACCGUAUCGUUCCCAGGUUUGGGCCCGAACCCGGAGCAGGAGCAGGUUCACGAAUAAAUAAUAAUCCAUAAAUCAACUGCCAGGUCGGUGCAUGGAGCCCGUACCGUACCGAGGGCUUUUGUGUGUGUAAGCUGCAAAUGCACUUGUGGAGGAAUUGAAAGCAUAUGUAACACUUCCGUAACACUGACGUGCGGUGGACAAAACGAGAGCCAGACAACUUAUCCAAGGAAAUAGAGAAACUUCAGUAUAGUUUAGUCUGAACAGGUUUGAUUUGUUGAAGUUGCUGUAUUAUAAGAAGUUAGAUUAAGGAGUCUGUAUGCAGUGUGGAAAGCUAGUCUUGAGUAAUUCAACGCGUACAGACACAUUUAGUGAACUGUCAUGAGUGUUGUAAGUGACGUAUUGUUUCCGUGUGCCAACGUUGCAACCAGUGGACCGAAACCAUGGAUGGUGAAAAUCGCAUCAUACUCAACGUAGGAGGCAUCAGGUAUGAGACGUACAAGGCGACGCUGAAGAAGAUCCCGGCCACAAGACUUUCGCGGCUAACGGAGGCUCUGGCGAACUACGAUCCCGUCCUGAACGAGUACUUCUUCGACCGCCAUCCGGGGGUGUUUGCACAAGUCCUCAACUACUAUAGAACUGGAAAGCUGCACUAUCCGACCGAUGUCUGUGGGCCACUGUUUGAGGAGGAGCUGGAGUUUUGGGGUCUUGAUUCGAACCAGGUCGAACCGUGCUGCUGGUCGACGUACAGUGUGCAUCGUGAUACGCAGAGCACACUCGCGAUACUGGACAAAUUGGAGCUAGACGAUGAGCAACCGUCCGAGGAGGCGAUUGCGCGACUGUUUGGCUUCGAGGAGGCACUGCUAAACGGCGAGCUAACCUGCUGGCAGCGGACGAAACCGAAAAUCUGGGCCCUGUUUGAUGAACCAUCGAGUUCCACCGGUGCUAAGAUUGUAGCUGGAAUAUCGGUGUUCUUCAUCUGCAUCUCUGUGAUAUCCUUCUGCCUCAAGACGCACCCGGGCCUGCGGGUGGAAAUUCCGGCCAUCCUUAACAUCACGACCAACGGUAGCGUCGGCCCACUGCCCGACGUACCAUCCACCCUGGACGAUCUGCUCGACCACGGACGACUGGACGAACUUCUGCUGGACUAUGGGUCACCCACCAUCACCAGCACUAGCACCGCCAGCACCACCACAUCCACCACCACCAGCAGUGCCACCACCGAGAGCCAAUCUUCUCCACCGACACGCCCGGAAACGACCACUCAACGUACCGGCCGGAUCGUCUCAAGCGCCUACCGGAUGAACUCCGGCAAGGGAGCGAGCAUCGUGGAGAACUGGCAGGAAACGUACGGUCAACCGCACGAAGCAUUCUUCUACGUCGAGCUCGUCUGCAACGUGUGGUUCAUCAUCGAGCUGACCGUACGGCUAGUGGUGACCCCGAACAUUGUCGAGUUUAUCAAAUCGCCCGUCAACAUCAUCGACCUGGCGGCAACGCUAAGCUUCUACACCGACGUCUGCCAGCGGAUGGGUGAACAGACGGGUCUGCUGGAAGCGUUCUCGAUCGUGCGUAUCCUGCGGCUGUUCAAGCUGACGCGCCAUUCGCCCGGACUGCGCAUCCUGAUCCACACGUUCAAGGCGUCCGCCCGGGAGCUGACGCUGCUCGUGUUCUUCCUCGUGCUCGGUAUCGUGGUGUUUGCCAGCUUGGUGUACUACGCGGAAAAGCUGCAGGAUAACCCGGACAACCAAUUCAAGAGCAUUCCGCUCGGCUGGUGGGCGAUCGUAACGAUGACCACGGUUGGGUACGGUGAUAUGGCGCCCAAAACGUACGUCGGGAUGUUUGUCGGUGCGCUCUGUGCGCUGGCCGGUGUGCUGACGAUCGCCCUGCCGGUACCAGUUAUCGUCAGUAAUUUCUCCAUGUUUUACUCGCACACGCAGGCUCGUUCAAAACUGCCGAAAAAGCGUCGCCGUGUGCUGCCGGUGGAGCAACCGCGAAGGAAGCGUGACAUGGGUGCGGCUAACCGGCGGGUAAAUGCGCUCAAACACCAACACACCCAACCGACCCAUCCCGCCAUCUUUAAGGAUGCUUUCGGUGGGGCGAAAAUCGGUCACGUGAAUGGCGUCAAUGUGAUAGGACUCACCCUUCAAGGACCUUCCGUACCAGGGCUAGCAGUCCUCAAGCCACCUUCCGUACUACAGCAGGGUGAUUUCAUCAACGUGCCACAGCUGAGCUCACUGCAGCCGCGCCAACCGACGACCGGAAAUGUGGAUUUAUUGCUACCAUUACAGCCGAAAUUGCUCGUUCCGCUGGCAGCAGUCGAGCGACGGGAAUCAAAACCGGAAGAAAUGAUCCCACUGGAACCGAAAGUCACCUUACAGAGCGACCCGAACGGUGUGUCCGGCAGCAAUACGCCUGGGGAUGAAUGUUAAA